AUGACACUACCUACCCCCAGCCCAUCCUUCUACCCCUCCACUACCCCCGAACCCCCCCACAUCACCUCCCUCCUUAAGCUCCUCGCCCUAGAACCCAACAUCGAAGGCGGAUACUUCAGCGAAACCGACCGCGCCCCCGAUACCGUCCCCACGCCCUUCCCCUUCUCCACAUCCUCCAGCACCACAGGCCUCGCGCCCCAUCGCCCCGGCUUCAACCCUCUCGUCCGCAACUCCAGCACCACAAUCUACUACCUGCUCACGCCCACAUCACCACAAGGUGGAUUCCACCGGAACAAAGGCCGCACUGUACACACGCUGCACCACGGCCGCGGGCGAUACGUUCUGAUCCACGCCAACGAGCCCGGGGACGAGAAGCGGAUCGAGAGUUUUGUCGUGGGCAAGGAUAUCGAGAAGGGCGAGAAGCUGCAGUGGAUAGUGGAAGGCGGGAAGUUCAAAGCUUCGUAUCUGCUGCCGGAUGAAGAGGGCGGGACGGAGAGUCAGGGCGGGCUGCUGAUUAGCGAGACUGUAGUUCCGGGGUUCGAGUAUUGCGAUCAUGAUUUUUUGCCUGAGGAGGGGCUGCGGGAGCUGGUUGGGAGGAAGAAGGCGGAGGAACUGAGCUGGCUUUUGAGUCCAUUGGGGAAGAAGGCGUGA